UUAGUAAUUUUGAUUUUGAGACAAUGAGGCGUUAAUUUACUAUUCCUAAUAUAUAAGUACUCAUGUACCCUUUAGUAAAUGAUCUCAUCAACUCCAAACCUAGGCCCAGAUAUGUGCCAAUACAAAUCAGGCCCAAGUCUAAAAACAUCCAAAUAAAAAGGUCGAAUGCUUACUUCCAUUGAAAGCCCAAUCUGAGAUCUCCCACGUAUAUAAAACCCCGACAAAACCCUAACCCUCGCUUCCAUCGCACUCUUGCUGCCGGCCGUACAGACGCACGCCGACAGAAGUCACAUAUCAGCAGGCAGCAUGGGGCGCGUCCGCACGAAGACGGUGAAGAAGUCAUCGCGGCAGGUGAUAGAGCGGUACUACUCGCGAAUGACCCUGGAUUUCCACACGAACAAGAAGGUUCUGGAGGAGGUGUCCAUCAUUCCCUCGAAGCGCCUGCGCAACAAGAUCGCCGGGUUCUCGACCCACCUCAUGAAGCGAAUCCAGAAGGGUCCGGUCCGGGGCAUCUCCCUCAAGCUCCAGGAGGAGGAGCGCGAGCGCCGCAUGGACUUCGUCCCCGACGUCUCCGCCAUCUCCACCGCACUCAUCAAGGUCGACAAGGAGACCCUCGACAUGCUCGCGGCGCUUGGGUUGGGUGAGAUCCCUGGCCUCGAAGUGGUCGACCCAGUUCGCGUUUCCGACCCGUCCGCGUUCGGGCGGGGCGCACCAGUUGGUGGCGCCGGAAAGAGGUACUGAGGGAAAUCCGGGCUUGGUAGUUUACGUUUUUUAAUCUAAUUGAAGAAAUUUUGAUGUUAUCUCUUGUGGCUAUGGAUUUCUUUUUUUCAUCUUGAGUUGGUUAUUACUACUGGAGAUCUCCA